AUGGCGGCAGCAGAUCUGCUCGUCGUUAUCCUUGCUGUCAUAGCGGAGCAAAUUAAUUAUAUUUAUAUGUUUUCUGAUUUCUUGCUCACACUUCCGGUAUGCUCCUUGGCAUUGGUAUUGCGACUCGCGACUACUGACUGGUCCGUUUGGUUCACGGUUGCUUUUACCAUUGACCGCUACAUCGCAAUCUGUUGUCAAAAGCUGCGGAAGCGGUAUUGUACCGAGAGAACAGCAACUAUGGUGAUACUAAUUGUGUGCGCAGGGGGCUGUGCCAAGUCUACUCCAUUUUACUUUGCAAUGGAUCGACGGCGCUGUGUCGCCUCAAAUGAAUACCUUACAUCAUCGGGGUGGAGAAUCUACGAGUUAUUUGACAGUAUAAUCACUCCUUUGUUGCCAAUCUGCUUAAUUCUUCUGUUCAAUGCUUUAACAAUCAGACAUAUAAUAGCGGCCAAUAAGGUCCGCCGUGCCGUACGAAAUAGCAGUGAGAAUGGGAAGGAUCCAGAGUUGGAGAGCCGGAAAAAGUCAAUGAUUUUGUUGUUCACUCUAUCAGCUAACUUUGUUCUGCUGUGGAUGCCCUAUGUUAUACACUCUUUAACCUGGCAAACCGAGAACUAUACCUAUGCUGAUAAAUAUUUCAGUACGCCGAUAUACAUCCUGCAACAAUUUGGGUUCAUGUUACAGUUGCUCAGUUCCUGCACUAACACCUGCAUCUAUGGACUGACGCAGAGGAAAUUCAGGGAGGAGCUGAAGAAUGGCUUGAAAUACCUCUUCACAUUAAAUAGGCAGGUCGGUACAUAA